GCGUAGCUCCGCCUAACGUUUUUCGCGGGUCGAAAUCUGGCUUCGACAAGCCCGUUCAGGAAAGGGUGUACUAGCUGAUGGAUUGUCCUGCCAAUCAUAGAUACAGGUAUCACAAUUAUGCCCCUUCUCCAAGGUUUCUUGGAAAAGAGUGGAAAGGGCAAAAUCAUGAGGCACGUUUACCUGGAGGACACCGGGGAAGGCAUCAGCGUGGCCGAAGAGGAGCAGGAAACAUGGCAAAACCAAUGAAUAGAGAGGACUUGUACCAAUCUUAUCCAUCUCAUGCACUUCUAAGAGGACGUGUAAAUUCACAACAACAGAAAAAUUCUCCACCUUCAUGGCACCCAGGUAGAUCAAUGAAUUAUGGCCCACCUGACUCACCAGCCACUUUUUACCAUCAAAGGAGCACCAGGGUGCAUUCUAGAGGAGGUGGAUACAGCCAUCCACCUAAGGUGCACCCCAAGAGUUUCAGACCAGCCUGUGCAAGCUCCAAAGGUACAUCUGUUUCAAAUGAAAAUGAAUUGUCAUCAACUACAGAAAGUCAACAAGUGGACAAAAAUGUAACAGUCAGUGUUAAAAGUUCUUCAAGCCUGGCUAAACUGACGAACAACAGAGCACAAGCACAAAAGGAUGGACAAACCACAUCAACAAGUACCAGUGAUAAUCCACCAUUGGAGAAGAAAUCUGAAAACAAGAAUCCAUCGAUCAACAAAGUUGCACCAUUUAUUCACAAACCAUCACCUAACUCUUCUAAAUUCAUUGAUGGCACAAAUUCAUCCUCAUUGACUCUUAAUAACCCUACCUCUGAAACAGCCUCAGAAGUAAAACAUGAAGAUCAAGUAAAACUGCAUUGUGGCACAGAAGUGCCUCCUAUGAAUGUGACAGUUUCCAGUGUGUCUCAGAUUAUGACCAGUACUCCACCAUGUCUUGCUUCUCAGGAUGGCAUGAUGACCGUCUUUGCACCAACUUCUGAUGGUCAAAUGAAACCAAUCAUUAGGACAAUUUGUAGCUGUCAAUUAAAGAAGAGAUCUUUGAAAUAUGCAGACAAAGGAAAAACAAAAAAUGACUCCAUUAUCAUAGACUCUGAUGAAGAAGGGGAUAACAAAAGCAAAGCAGCAAGUGGCUCUGUUAAUGAGCAAGAUGUAAGAGUACCACCAGAAAGCUGCCCCCUUAUGAAGGACGCAUCAAGUGAAAUGGAUCAACUGAGUUGUCAAGAUACACCAAAAAAACGUGCCAAAAUGAGUACAGAUUGUGCUUCAGUAAACAAUUUGUCUCUGCACAAUCAGUCAGCAUCUUUGGUCAGUACCCAAUCAUCAAGUCCUGGCUGUCCAGUAACAGAGUCCAUAUCAGAAACAGCAUCUAGGGUAGGGGACAGUAUACAGAGAAUGAAUAAUGGGGCUGCAAGAGUACCUCCAGAAAGCUGCCCCCAUAUGAAGGACUCAACAAGUGAAGUGGAUCAACCAAGUUGUCAAGAUUCAACAAGAAAACGAGCAAAAAUGAGUACAGAUAGUGCUUCGGGAGAUAGUUUGUCUCUGCACAAUCAGUCUGCACCUGUGGUCAGUACCCAAGCAUCAAGUCCUAGCUGUCCAGCAAAAGAGUCCAUAACAGAAACAGUAUCCAGGGUAAUUGACAGUUUAGGGCAUAGUCUGGGUGAUGUCUGUAGCAGCAGUACCUCAUCAGACUCACUAUCUCUAGUUACUGCAAACUUAACAGAUAACGGUCAGCUUCUAGGUGAUCCGCAGAUCUUACGGGGAAUAUUGAGUGUAUGUAAAGAAACGGCAAGACCACUGAAGAAGUUCAAGUCGUCUCCAAGAAAUUUGUACACCGCAGCGAAAGACUGCAAUAUCCAAAAAGUUAUUGCUCUCUUGGUCGCGGGGUGUGAUCCUAACCAACAACUGAUGAAAGCCAAAGGAAAGACAGCGUUGCAUGCAGCUGCUGCGGGAGGUUACGUCGACAUAAUUGCUUGCCUGAGACUGGCGGGAUGCGACUUAAAUCUUGUAGACUAUGAAAAUAGAACCCCAAUUUUUGAUGCUGUUAGUAACCACAAAGUGAAAGCCAUCGAAUACCUUAUUGAUUGCGGUGCAGUCUUGGGAACCAAGGAUACUAAAGGUAUGACAUGUCUUCAUUUGGCUGCCCGACAGGGGCACCCGGACCUGAUAAAAUUACUACUCAAUACAGGAAAAUUUGAUAUGAACGAAAAGGAUGACGGAGGAUGGACUCCUAUUAUGUGGGCAGCUGAAGACAAACAUCGUGAUGCUACUCAGCUUUUGAUUGAACAGGGCGCUAAUGUCCACAUUAGAGAUGAAGAGCUUAACACUCCCCUUCAUUGGGCAGCGUUGUCCGGAAAUCUCGAAGUGUGCAGACUUCUUUUAGAGGCUCAUGCCGAUAUAAACAGUUUGAAUAUAUUCAAGGAGACAUCUCUACAUAUUGCUGCGAGAGAAGAUUGCUACAACUGUGUGCAGUUGUUAGUCAGUCGGGGAGCAAACAUUUACAUCAAGAACAAAGACGGCCAGACACCUCUCACGGUACGAUAGUGUUGUUGUAUUUUUGUAAAAAUUCAUUCUGUUGUCGUAAGUCCAAGUCAUGAAUGAUCUAAAAUUAUCGAUCCAGUAUUACCUAGAGAUCGAGUCCUUCAUGA